CUCCCUCACUAGAAGAGAUACUUAUAUAAGUCCUUUUCACAGGCUACCCUCAGAACAACCUCGGGGAUGAAAAGAAAAACUUGUUUUUAACAAGAAACAACCAAAGAAAAUACACACGAGAAGAGGAACGGAUUGUUGUAUUUUUUUAUUCUACAUUUAUUCAUUGUUACUGAUUUUUUUUCUUCUCUCAGUUUACAUUCAUUUUGGGAAAACCUCAAAGAAGCUAAGGAGAACAAAAGAACAUACAACUGCUUCAAGAAUAAAUCUACUUGUGUCUUAAAAUAAAGAAAACCUCACAAGUUGCUAUAGGAACAGGUGACACAGACCACCCAGGGGUUUAUUUUCCUGUUCCACAGCCUACGUACUUGUAUUUAACAUUUGACGCCCGCCGCCCUUCUACUAUGGUGAUAAUGGAAGUCCCCAGCAUCGAUGCCAUGUCCCUCCGCGGGCUGCUGGAGGGGGACGACCCGGGCUGUCUGGUCCUGGACUGCCGCUCAUUCUUCUCCUUCAACUCCUCUCACAUCCCCGGGUCCACCAACGUCCGCUUCAGUACUAUAGUCCGCCGGAGGGCCAGAGGGGGGCUGGGGGUGGGACACAUCGUGCCCAACGAGGACACGCGGAACCGGCUUCUCUCCGGGGAGUAUCAGUCCGUAGUGUUUCUGGAUGAUCGGAGUUUGGACUUUGGCCAAGUGAAGAAGGACGGGACUCUAAUGCUCGCCGUAACAGCUCUGUGCCGAAACCCGUGUGGGACUAGUUUCUUCUUUCUCAAAGGUGGUUUUGACGCGUUCUCCUCGGAGUAUCCAGAGAUGUGUACCAAGCCGUCAGCUCCACAGGGACUCAGUCUGCCCCUGAGCGCCCGUCCAGACAGCGCCGAGCCCGGCUGCAGUCCAUGCAGUACACCGCUCUAUGACCAGGGGGGUCCAGUGGAGAUCCUUCCCUUCCUCUACCUGGGCAGUGCCUACCAUGCCUCCAGAAAGGACAUGAUAGACAUGCUGGGUAUCACUGCUCUCAUCAACGUAUCAGCUAACUGCCCCAACCACUUUGAAGAGUCCUUCCAGUACAAGAGUAUCCCCGUAGAGGACAACCACAAGGCUGAUAUCUCCUCCUGGUUCAAUGAGGCUAUAGAGUUUAUCGACUCCAUCCGUAAUAAAGGCGGUCGUGUGUUUGUCCACUGCCAAGCCGGCAUCUCCCGCUCCGCCACCAUCUGUCUGGCCUACCUGAUGAGGACCAACCGCGUGAAGCUGGACGAGGCCUUUGAGUUCGUCAAGCAACGCCGCAGCAUCAUCAGUCCUAACUUCAGCUUCAUGGGCCAACUGCUACGGUUUGAGUCCCAGCUCCUGGCUACUUCAUCCUGCUCGUCGGAAGCCGGGAGCCCUGCCCUAGGGAAGAGCAGUACGGUCUUUAACUUCCCCGUGUCUAUCCCCGUCCACAGCUCUGCUGGACACAGACAGCUCUCCUUCCUCCACAGCCCCAUCACCACCUCACCAAGCUGCUAAGGGGAAGAGUAGGAUCAGAUGGAGGGCUGUCUGUCUUAGCCUGGACUUGGAACUGAACUGUCACGAUUGGUGUCGAGUCGUUGUGAAUGUACUGUAACAAUACUAGUACUGUACUGUAACAAUACGAGUACUGUACUGUAACAAUACUAGUAGUGUACUGUAACAAUACUAGUAGUGUACUGUAACAAUACUAGUACUGUACUGUAACAAUACUAGUAGUGUACUGUAACAAUACUAGUAGUGUACUGUAACAAUACUAGUAGUGUACUGUAACAAUACUAGUAGUGUGCUGUAACACCAAUAGUACUGUACUGUAACAAUACUAGUAGUGUACUGUAACAAUACUAGUAGUGUGCUGUAACACCAAUAGUACUGUACUGUAACAAUACUAGUAGUGUACUGUAACAAUACUAGUAGUGUGCUGUAACACCAAUAGUACUGUACUGUAACAAUACUAGUAGUGUACUGUAACAAUACUAGUAGUGUGCUGUAACACCAAUAGUACUGUACUGUAACAAUACUAGUAGUGUACUGUAACAAUACUAGUAGUGUGCUGUAACACCAAUAGUACUGUACUGUAACAAUAC